AAAAUGAUCAAUUUUGUUCUAUGUUUACAGUGUUUAAAAUGGUUAAUGUUCUAGUUUUGUGUGUUGUUCUUGGUGCCUUUGUGACGUUUUCAGAUUCUUGUAACGUCAAUGAUUUCAAUCAAUUCAAUCAAUCAAAUCCUGGCCCUUUCGUGGCCUGUUUAAAGGACCCGUGUGCUGCCGACAGUGAAGAUGUGGCUUUGGUCAAUUGCACCCUAUACGCUCAUUGCAUCUUGCAUGAAAAUCAAUGCUACGCAAAGUACAGAACGGAAGCGGAAUAUUCUCCCAUGACGGGAAUACUUGAAUUAGUACCCAAUAACGGAUCGCUCGAUGAAAGGUUUUUUCAACUAGGGGGAUUAGGAGGAGGUUUCACAGGCACUGGCUGUUUACCGGCUGGAUUACCCGGUGGAUUAUCAAACCUGCCAAGAUGUCCUGUACCGUGUACUGGCUUACCAACAAAUCACCCUGGACUCGGAGGACUCGGAGGACUCGGCGGACUUGCGGGACAUGGCGGCAAUGCUGGCGGACAUGGCGUAUUGCCUUUUCCACCACGAUGUCCAUCCACUUUCCCUGCCACAUGUAACAUUAAUGCAUACCAGCCCAAUUUGCUUUUACCAUUGCUGAACCCACUAGUAAACGUCCCUUAUUGCUUGAGAAUACCGUGUUCUUCAAGCAAUCCAUGUCUUGAAAGAAAUAGAAACGCUUGCAUCAAUGUCCCUGGGUGUUAUUUCGAUAUGGGUUUGGCCAAUCUGCGACAACGUUAUGGCAAUCACAUUAUGCCCGGUGUGCCAGUAUGCCAUCUUGCAAUCAGAAACAGAAAGUUUCACCAAUUGGUUAGCAGCUACCUUCAAACGAGUGGGCGACCAUGGAAUGGAAUUUACACUAAAUGUUUCAUAAACGAAAACCGAAACCACAUUUAUGCUCCAUCUCCAGGCUGCUAUCAAAUCCACGUGCUUAAAUAUAUUGGCGUUCAACCUACACUUGCUGGAUGGCCAGGUAUCACAAACAAUGAAUGCUACCUGAUCGACGGGUGUCCAAUAGAUGGAGUGUGUUAUCGACCCGGGCAGCUCACUAGAGUCCAAGUGAGAUCUGGAGAAGACACAGCUCGGCAUAAUGUCCAAACUGGGCACAACUACUUCGGUCAACCUAGGUGUCUUAACUACAAUCCAACAACACCACAAGAAUACUUGGACGGUUAUCAUCAAUGCAGACAAGCUGGUUGUGUGGUUGACCCAUCAAUCACUCCAAAUGUACUCAAACAAAAACUUUAUCAGUUUGCUUUAACUUUACCUGUUCUCCAACAAAUACCUUUCUGGCGUGGUGUGUUAAGCGGCCAAAUAAGAGCUGACAACUACAGACAGCAUACGAGACAAAGUGCUUGUCCAAACAUUGUGCAACCGACAAUCAUUGCACCAUAUUCGCUUAACCUACAGGGAAGAAAUUAUAUCCCCUUGCCUAACCCCUCGGUCUCACCCCUGAACACACAGCUACCCUUCAGUGUGGGUAAUCCUAUCAACUUGCAUAAUCUGUUAAACCCAGGAAUUAUACGGCCACAGUGUCCUUACCAAAGUUUUCAGAACUUGUUAACAGGAAGCACUGCCGGAUGCUGUCAGAGAAACCUUUGCUACACCCCCAGGUCAAGCAUCUUAAGGUCGGCUUCAGGAGUUGCCGCUUAUCAGGCUGAGUGGGGAGAAUACAGCGCGUGUACUGUCAGUUGUGGUGGUGGGACACGGAAGAGAAGCAGACCAUGUGUGACCUACAGACACAACGACACAUGCGUACAAGGAUUGGCUGAAGAAACUCACCGAUGCAAUGUAGGUGCUUGUCCUCAGUUUGGAAACUGGGGAGGGUUUGGUAGUUGCUCUGUUACUUGUGGAGGUGGAACACAAACCAGAACCCGACCUUGCUUACCUGAAGGUAGCACCUGUUCAGAUGACGCUCAAGGUGGAGCUUCUCAAUCACGACUUUGCAACCAAAUUGCAUGCCCAACCUAUUCUGCUUGGAGUCAGUGGGGAGAUUGCAAUGUUCAAUGCGGCGUUGGGGAGAAAACACGGACACGAACAUGUACAUCACCACCUGGAGCCGCUCCCUGCAACUCAGCGCUUCUGAUUUCAACAGAAUCGUGUGCAACAAGUUGUGGGACGUGUCAACGAACGGAAGGCGCAUGUCAACCAUAUAACAAAUGCUACAAGGAAAUCACAACACGAUGCGUACCAGAUGCCCAAGGAGGAGCUUACUGUCCUAACUGUCCUAACCAUACCGUUAAAGUACGAUGUGUCCCAACCAUUGGUUGGAAUGAUUACUGCAGGCAUUGCCAUAAUGCCUUAGUUCAGUGUCUUCCUUUAAGCCCAUGAACAACGCAAGCAUUUAUCACCUGAAUAGUUUAUUGUUUCAAUGAACUUUUGACAUGUUUAAUUCAAAUAAACGCAUUUUAAACUA